AUGACUACCAACAAUAAGAAAAGAAAUCAUGAUGAUGAAUCUAAUGUUGUAGAGGAUAUCGACAACAAGAAGGUAAAAGGUGAAGCAAUGGAUUUUGGUGAAAUCGAUAGAUUAUAUAAAGUUAUUAAAACAGAGAACAAUGAAGCUUUAAUCAAUGAAGCGUUCGAAAAGUUAAAAGAUGAGACCACAACCAAAUCUAAAUGGUCAUCGAUUCCAAUCAAAUUGAAAGAAACACUAAUCAACGAAGCCUGUAUGACACUCCUAUCGAAGAAUCAAUACGUUCAUAAUCUAUUCAUUCCAUAUAUAGCAAAGCUUAUUAUUGAAAACUAUGAUACAAUCGAUUCAAUAAAACAAACAAUUGAACAAAUGUUUGAAAAAUUCGAAUUCUUACCAACAAUCGAAGCAAAGAGAUCUUGUUUGAAAUUAAUUGACUUGAUCUUUAGAGAUAAUGAAGAAUAUGGUGAAGCAUUCCAUGAUAUCGCGUCGUCGUUGUCGAUAAUCACCAAACACGUUCAAACAUUACCACCACAGUAUCACAUGGAGUUCUUGAUUCUCUUGGUGAACAUUGUUUCAAAAUGUCCAUUACAUAACUCUGAUAAUCUAGUUGAUCUUGCAGAAGUCUUAAGAGAUUUUUCAAUUUCAGAUGAAUUCGAACCUGAAAGUUUCACUAAAACAAUUAUAGAGACAUUAGAAUCAACAACAUUACCAAUUGAAACAAUACAGUUCUUUUCAAAUUUAUUGGCUAUUUUCUUUGCACAUUUCUCAUAUGAUGCGAAUCCACGUGAAGAAUAUAUAAGUUUAAUGUUCAAAUGGAUUUCACAGGUACCUUAUGAUGAUAUUCUAGAAGCUUGGAUAAAAGAUCCAAAUGCUGAUACAGUAGCAACUCCAAAAGAAUCUAGUGCAAACGAAUCAAUUGUAGUAUUAUCUAAUGCUCAAGCAAGUUGGGUAUUUGAUUGCUUCAAACCGAAAUGGGAUGCAGCAAUGAAAUCUAAAGAUUGGAAACAAUUGUAUUACUGUGGAAAUAUUCUUGGUCAAAUACAUGAAAAUUGCAUCGGAAUAAUUACAGAUACUCUAUAUAUGGAAAUGUUAGAUGUUAUUAUUUCACCACCAAAUCAAAUGAUACAAAAUAUCUAUUUAAAUUUAACAUCAAUGGUAUUCCAAGAGAGGGGUGACGAUAUGGAAGAUGAGUUGAUUGGUACUUUCUUGGAGAAACUCUUGGCGUUGGAGAAUCCAUCGGCUUUUAUACAACCUUCGAUUCUCAAGGCAAUAGGAGAGAUCAUCGAUGAGAAAGAGACAGAGAUUAUCGACGAUGAAAUGUCACAAAAGAUCUUUAACUAUAUUAAGCCGUUCCUAAAAAUCGAUCAACCAUCAUCCAUCAUUGAGAAUUCCAUUAGUGUAUUCACAAGUCUUGUCGAUAUUGCUGGUAUCGAUGAUUUCAUAGAGUUUAAAGAUCAGUAUUUAAUGUUGUUGAUAGACGUACUCCAAAAGAAUGUCAAUGGAUUCAACGAUCUCAAGGGCAGAGUCAUGGAGGCAAUGAGUGUACUCGGUACCAUCUUGCCAAAACAAGACAAGCAAUACGAUGAAUAUGUUGUUCAAGCGAUUCAGCUCAUUAGAAAACUGGAGCCGAGUUGCUAUACUAAACAAACGGAUUUCUAUAUGCGUGCACACGUGCGAUUCGCUCAGCGUCUGGGCAACCGCUUCGAACCCUACUUGGAUUCUACCUAUCAGUAUUUACUAAAGGUGAUGUCGUCCCACAGUGAUCCUUCACAUCGUGCCAAGCUUGAAGCCGGUGAUGUAUUGUUGAUUGACAAUAUAAAACUGGCAAUGGAGAUGACUAUGGUACUUACAGAGUCAACAGUCGAUUUCUUCCAUCGUUAUGUCGGAUCGAUUGCCACCGAAGUGUUAAAGUUGAUCGAUUUCGACUUGGAUGAUACUAUCAAGAGUGAUGCUACCAAUACCCUACCGAAACUAUUUGCAUUCUACAAGUUAAAUAGCAUACUCUCGACAAAAGAGAAGAAAAAAGAUCUGGUCAAAAAUGACGAUGGUCCAACCAAACUAUUCAAAAUCAUAGCAAAUCGUUUGGUUAAAUCAAUGGAAAUCGAAGAAUUUGAAGAUGCAUUGGAAAGCAAACAACUUGCACUACAAAUUUGUGGACAAAUUAACAAGAUGGAUUUAGGAAGCAUUUUAGAAUUCAUUGAAAACAAUUAA